CAGGUCCAUUUUCCGUAUAAACAAAGCAGAACAUAGUUCAUCUUUCUGAUUGUGAUCGCAACGACAACAAAAGAUGAUCGGAAACCUACCUGAAGAACUGAAAGCUGAAAUUCUGAAAAGGGUACCCAACGAGGACCUCUUGCGAUGCAGUGCAGUGUGCAAAUCUUUGUAUUCUCUUCUCAAAUCCCCUUCUUUCAUUUUCGACACUCAUCUUCGCCAUCUUCAAGCUUCAAAUUCGAACCCGCAUUUAGUCAUUAUGGACCUCCGUUUGGGAAAUGGGAAUUAUGAGAUGUCAUUUCAUGAUGAUAAUACUGAACAGUUCACCGAGUGUCAUUUACCUCCUCACUUUUAUUCCAUGUCCGAAUUAUGCACCGUUGCCUCCUGCAAUGGUCUUCUUUUAUUUCGUCCGUAUUCUCAGUAUAUCCUACAUAACCCGUCGAUUUGCAGAUCGCUACGCCUUCCGAAACAAAAACUAGAUGGACCCUCCGGGUGUGAAUUAUGUGGUCUAGGUUUUGAUUCUACCACUAAUGAUUUCAAAGUGUUAAGGUUGUUGUGUAGGUCCGUUGUUGUUCAGGCUGAGGUUUACUCGGUUAAUGCAGCUUCUUGGAGGAAUAUUACUCAUAUUACACCACAAUACGAAAUCCCAUAUCAUAAUAUUUUUAAACCUCAAUGUAUACCCUUUGUUAAUGGUGCAUUGCAUAUGAUUGUUGGUGAUUGUAGUAGUAAUGACAAGGGCAGGAGUUUGGUGCUUGUCUUUGAUGUCAAAGAUGAGAUCUUUCGAGAAAUUUUAUUGCCCCCGUGUUUGAUGAAUGUUUCGCCUGUUAUGCUGUUUGUUAUCGCAUAUAGGCAAUCAAUUGCGGUUGUUCAUAUUUUUGAUACCAAUACCGACACCAAUACCGCUAUUAGGAUAUGGGUGAUGAAAGAGUAUGGCGUGUUCGAUUCGUGGACCAACUUAGCAAAUAUGUUCAAUGUAGAGACAAUACCAGCUGCAUUCUUCUUAAGGAAGAAUGGACAACUAAUGAUAGAUUCUGGUGUUGGACAUUUUCUUUCAUAUGAUUUUGCCACCCAACGCUUCCACAAUCUCUUCACGGAUCUGGACGCAUUUUCUUAUAUGUCUGCUUUUACCUAUGUGGAGAGCCUAGCCUUAUUUGAUACAGGAAACUUAAUUGUGGAGUGAAAUCAAGCGAGUUGCAGAAUCUAGGGGAUGGAAUUAACGUACUUUGUUCGAGAAAGAAGCUAUAAUAGGGGGAGAAGGUAAUUUUAUUCAAUUUUUGUGCUUCAUAGCCUCUCACGGAGUGAAUGAUACAGCUAAUUUGUUCAAGAAAGGAUUAAAUGUUUAGUAUUUUCAGCUGUUUUUUUGGAUUUUUUGUAUGCAUAUGUCGAUUUGAAGCCGACUCUAUGUUAUUGACUUAUACAUUGCUUAACAUGAUGCAGCUGAUGUGUAGUUUCUCUUGGUUUGCUGUUUAUGCUAUCGUUUAUAAACGCAUAUCCUUUUAUUCUCUAUUAGAAAUUGAAAUAGGAGUUCAUCGUGGUGUCCGCUUUGAUAUUUUCUUAUGAAUG